GGCUGACAAAGGAACGAAAUCUAUCAAAAAGAGGACGGCUGCGAUCCCGUUAACACCGCGCCGCUGUGCAGACACCACUGCACGUAUGUGACAUCCUUUGCAAGUGAAAAGUGGCUCCAAAAUGGAUGAAGUGUGCCAGAGAGAGGACAUGCCCGAGGAAGGCCUUCGCCGUGGCAGAGCGUCUGCUCCGAUCGCCCCGGUCUCCCUCCCUGCGAGCCCCCACCCUGCCGCCGUGCUGAUCGACCCGGUGCUCGUGGAGUCCUCCGUGGUCUUCGCCGUGGUGCUGUGCGUCCACAUGGCGUUGUGGAACCAGCACUCCUGGUGCAGCAUCGCCCUCUUCAUCCAGGCGUUCUACGCGCAGCACAAAUGGGACCGGCUGCUCAGGUCGGGGGGCGCCGUGUUCCAGUUCCGCCCCUCGGCGAACAGCGGCAUCGUCCCGGCCUCCAUGGUGAUGCCUCUCCUGGGCAUGGUGCUGAAGGAAAAGUGCUCCGCCUCCGGCAACGUCUACUUCGAGCGCUUCUGCAUGGUGGUCACCAUCACCGGCAUGAUGCUGGCUCUGUUCCUCUCGCUGAUCGCGCUGGGCAUCACGAGACCCGUGCCCACCAACACGUGCGUGAUCGCGGGCGUGUCCGGCAGCGCCAUCCUCUACAUGGCCAAGCAGACGCUGACGGUGUCCGAGGUCAUCGAGGUCCUGGAGGUCCUGUUGAUCUUCGUCUACCUCAGCCUGAUCGUGCUCUACCUGCUGCCGCGCUGCCUCACGCCCGGCGAGGCGCUCCUCAUCGUCGGCGGGAUCAGCUUCAUCAUCAACCAGCUCAUCAAGCGCUCCCUGAACCUCGUGGAGGUCAAAGGGGACCCGGUGAACUACUUCCUGCCGGUGGCCGUGGUGGGCUCGCUGCUGCUGGGGGUUUUCUUCGCCCUCCUCUUCUGCUUCAUGGAGUCCGAAACCUGGGUCUCGUCCCUGUUCUUCCACGUGAUGACCGCCGUCCUGGGCCUGGGCAUCCUCAUGCCGUGGCUCUCCCUCUUCGUCGGCCGGCACCCCGUCAUGUGGCUGCUGGACUUUGUCACGUUGAACGACCGGCGGCUCUACCUGCUGGCUUACUGGCUGUUUCUGGCCGCCGUGGCCGCCUGUGUGGUGUUGCACCAGAACUACCGGCGCCAGUCGGGCUCCAAGAAGCACCAGGCCUCCACCGUCGUCCGAAAGUACUUCCACCUGAUCGCGGUGGCCACGUACGUCCCGGGUCUGGUGUACGACCGGCAGCUGCUUCACGUGGCGUCCGUGGCUUGCUUGGCGAUGUUCUUGUUCCUGGAGUACGUGCGUUACUUCCGGAUCAGGCCGCUGGGUCAGCCGCUCCGGCAGCUGCUCACCUUGUUCCUGGACGAGCGGGACUCCGGGCCUCUCAUCCUGACCCACGUGUACCUGCUGCUCGGCAUGUCCCUGCCCAUCUGGCUGUUCCCCGGGCCCUGCGCCCCGAAGGGGGUGCUACCCGGCGCGGGCAGCCUGGUGCCUUACGCGGGCGUGCUGGCCGUCGGGGUCGGGGACACCGUGGCGUCGAUGUUCGGCAGCACCGUGGGGGAGAUCCGUUGGCCCGGCACCAAGAAAACCGUGGAGGGGACCGCGACGUCGGUGUUCGCCCAGAUCAUCGCCGUGGCCAUCUUCCUCAUCUUCGACGGGGGCAUCAAUCUGAACUCCACGUACUCGUGGAUUGUGGGCUCCAUCACGCUGGUGGCCAUGUUGGAAGCCUACACCUCCCAGAUAGACAACCUGCUGCUGCCGCUCUACCUCUUCAUCCUGCUGCUGCUUUGAAUGACCGGAGGGAGAACACACAGAUUCCCUUCCGCUGUCCUGAAGCUCUUUAAAAUGGAAGAUCAUUGAGACGGGAAGGGGUGGAAAAAAAGGCAAGAAAUCUGGAGGGAAAAAAAAAUGAAUAGAAGUAACGGAAGUCUCUGUCGGCACAAGAAAAUAAGUUAAAUCUUGAUGGAGCCGGGCGAUGUCAACAAACCAACGGGGCGCUAAAUGAACCGCCUCCUUCCUUCGACGCGGCAGCAGACGUGAUGGUAGCAUGACGUCGGCGUCUGUGGCCCUCGGAUUGCGUCAUUUGCUGCUUUUUUGAGGAAGUAGACGAUCGUUUCCAGAAGAACUUUACCGUAAGCCGGCGUGAGUACGAACUGCUGACGUCCCCCCCCCCCCCCCCCCAUCGAGUCCCACACCUCCGCAUCGCCUUCGAAGAACAGGAUUUAAAGUUGGCUUAGCGAUAUCCGUUUCUCAAUUGACUUUUUUGUUUUGUUCUGAGGUUAUAUCGCCUCCCCGAUUGCAAUAUAAAGGACUUACUGCGGAAAAUAUUUGCCUUAAGAAGUAUAUUUUCUAUCACGACUACUAUUGUAGAUGAAAGCAUGACGGCCCUAGUCAACUCUAAGGGCUGGUUUGUAUUUCAGUAUGGCAGAAACUCAUUAUGCUCUUGCAUGACACUAACAUGACAUUCAGUACUGUCACAAGUACCCGACAGUAUAUUUUAGUUUGAUGGGACCCCUUCAAGGUACACUUGAUCUAUACAUUUCCUUGUGACACUGAGCCGUCAAACUCUGCAUAUUUAUGGAGUCUGUAGAUAUGCUUUGGGCCCAAAAAUGUCUUUUUAUUUGCACCAACUUAUCCAUUUUAUUGUAUAUUUGAUCCUCGGAAAAUAUCCGCAAAUAGUUUCAUCUCAUUCUUGGAUGAGGAUGCUUACUUCAGCCUUAGUGUUUGAUUACCUGUAACUUAUUUUUUGUUAUCAAUUAGCAUGUUCCUAUUAUGUUUUUGCAAUCAUCCUUACAUUUAAAAUAUAUAUAAUAUUGCAUGUUGAGUGCAUCAAUUAAGAAAAGAACAAAUGUACAUGCCUUAUUUUAGUCAAAUUGUUUGACACAUUUAAUAAUUCAGAAACAAGAUUUUGUGAUUGGCUGAAAACACAUUAAUCCUUUGUUUGAUUUUUUUUAUUAACAUAAAAGGUAUAUUGUGGUGGAUGAUCAUUGACACAAACGAUUUAUUUGCUUUUUAUUCAAGUUGCAUCUUGAACAUGAACAUACUUGAAAAAUAAUGCUUACUGUUGUCUGUAAAAAUAGGAAUCUGCCAUUUUGUUUUGACACAAAUUUAAAUUAGAACAAAUGAUCGUGGAAGAAUAAAUUUGGUUAAUGACGAGUUGCUGAAUUAAAAAGACGUGUCAGCUG